AGAGAGGAACUAGUUGCUGGAGAAACUCGAAAGGUGAUGGAACAACAACAUCACAUUCAAGUUCUGCUGCUCGAUUCAAUUUUUAAACCACAAAGUCGGCAGAAUUAAUACAGCGCAGGACGAACAAACUUAAGUGUUUUCAACCACCAGCUCGGAUACAAGCGACUGCGCUAUUCAUAACAUAAAAGUCGUUCCAGUGGGAAAAGUGAUUUAGAAGCCAGUUGGGAGUCGUUCAAGAGGAAAUUGCUGGUUCAGCAACUAACAAGACAGAGUGUCACCAUUCCCGAUUGUUUCCCUGAUUGAUCCCACAUCAAGUUAGCAAUGAGCCAACUUGGUAACUUGUCGGCGUCUGCCACACUCUUUGUUGUGGCGAUUUUGUUGUUCUCUACGGCCAACGGCAGAGUCUAUCAAACGACCGAUACCGUCGUAAUCGAAGCCGGAGAUAACGCAGAUGGAGACGAGUUGUUCCAGUCGACCCAUUUACUGAGCAAUGCGUUUAUGAAGGUUAAGGAGAGGACAUGCCUUACAAGGGAGGGCAAUAUCGGUUACUGCACAUCCAUUCGAUCCUGCUACCCCAGAUUGAAUAAGUUUCAUCAUUUCAACAACUUUGAAUCGAGGACCUUGGCCAUUCGCGGCGCUUGCAUCUACCACAGAGAAGACGACAGACAGGUUUACGGGAUUUGUUGUCCGACAAUCAGCAGCUACGAUUUUGAAAACGAUGACCAACACCAAUUCUACAGCCCAUUCCCUUCGAUGCCAGUCAAUCCUUACACCGGAUUACCUUACGACUCAUCCCACGUUCAUUCGUGGUUACAUAAUCCUCAUACGAGGCCCUUGGAUACCAAAACAACGGCAUUAACCGAUGAUGAUUACGGUGACGAUGAAUCGAAAGAAGAAUUCAUUGACCCCGAAAGACAACAGGCCAUCUGUGGUGCUGGACCUGGUAGAAAGUAUGACGACGACGGCCAACGCAUCGUCGGAGGAAGUGAUGCCACCCCAAAUUCUUGGCCUUUUAUGGCGGCGCUAAAAUUCAGCGGCAAAUUCCUAUGCGGAGGAUCUUUAAUUGCCCCGAAUAAAGUCCUAACAGCUGCUCACUGUGUGUCUGCAUUGUUUGGUCUUCGCAAUCGAUUGACCGUCGAUCUGGGCAUGCACAACCUGCACACUGACGACGCUCAGGUGACCAUAAAAGUUCGCCGAAUCAAAGUGUUUUGGGGAUUCAACUUUAGGACUAAAUUUAACAACGAUAUCGCCAUCCUGACUCUGACGGAACGAGUGAAUUACACUUCGACCAUUUCGCCUGUUUGUUUGCCUCCGCUUACCGGAACGAGGGAACUAUACGAGAACGAAGAUGCGACCGUCAUAGGAUGGGGCUCACUCAAUUACGGUGGAUCUACUGUACCGACUGUUCUGCAAGAAGUGAACGUCAGAGUGACGGCCAAUUCGCACUGCAAAGACAAUUACAAGUCGGCUGGCUUCCAAAUAAUGGACAACAGCAUGAUAUGCGCUGCUGCUCCUGGUAAAGACGCAUGCCGGGGAGAUAGCGGAGGUCCGCUGAUUUAUCGAUCACAAACUGGCAGUUGGACUCAAAUCGGAAUCGUCAGCUUUGGAAUCGAUUGUGCCCACGAAAAAUAUCCCGGCGUCUUCACCAGGGUGGCCUCCUUCAGGCAAUGGAUCAGACGAACGGCUAAUGUGUAAGCAACAUAAUGUCACCACACUCAAUGAGAAGAACAAGUUUUAACCCGGUAAUAUUAAAAACAACUCCACGAAAAAAUGAACUGGAUCAAAAACAAAAAUAAUUACUACCUAUUCUUUCAAAUCACUUAGCCGUUUAACAAUUUGCCUGGGUACGCAGUACGAUUAUAUGACUAACAGUCUAACAUAAUGGUUCGAAAUCACUCAAUUGUUCCCUGAUUUGAAUAAAAAUAUUUUUUGCCCUUCA